AUGGCGAAAUCGGACCGUCUAGAAACGGGACUUCGAGGUGCAGCGGAGAAAUCGCAAGUCAAUUCCACGGAGAUUCGGCGGCGGGAAGACCUGCUUCUCGCGCUUCGCUUCAAGGCGAAAGAGAUGGCAGCCGUGCUCACCUCCGCGCAAUCAGCCGCUAACAGGUCAGCCCUGCUGGGCCGGGACGGGCGACCAUUGGUGGCGGUGGAGACGGAGAGAACAGCCUCGCGGGACAACAAGGGGCUAGUGGCUCUGCAGCAAGAGAUCAUGCAAGAGCAAGACUCGGAGUUGGAGGAGCUGGAAUCGACAGUAGCGACCACCAAGCACAUUGCGCUCACCAUCAACGGCGAGCUGGACCUGCACCGUCAUCUGCUGGAUGACUUGGAUGACAACAUACAGUCAACAAACGCUCGUGUACAGCUGGCCAAGAAAAAGAUGUCCAUAUUCAUGCGCCGUUCCGACAACACAUGCAACAUGCUUCUCGUCAUGCUUGUAGCUGCAGGUCUGGUAUUCGUCGCACUUGUAGUGUAUUCGAUUCUCAAGAUUGUUUUGUGA